UCGUUAGUCAAACCGAUAUAUCCCCUCUCCAUUUGUGCUCCAAACUUCUGAAAGCUCUCAUUCAAAUCAUCUGCAAUUAUGGCACCAAACAAGAAUCACUUCUACAGCAUUGGAUCUCAGGCUCUAAAACCCAUCAAAACCCAAGCAAACUCAAUUUAUCAACCAGCCCUGCCUACUUCAGAAUCUGCUUUUCCCAUAUUAGCCAUUGCCGUUCUAUGCAUCAUGACCACAGCUUUGUUGCUAGUUAGCUACUACAUCAUUGUGACCAAGUGCUGCUCAAACUGGCACCAAGCUAAUCUGCUGAGAUGGUUUUCUACAUUGAGAGCAAGAGAAAGUGAAGAUCCCUUUAUAGCUCUCUCUCCAUCAAUGUGGAAUCGUGGGCUUGAUGAGUCUGUCAUUCGUGAAAUCCCAAUGUUUCCAUUCAGAAGGGAAGGUGAGGCAAGAGGUGUCUGUUGUGUGGUUUGUCUGAAUGAGUUUCAAGAAGAGGAUAUGCUAAGAGUUCUUCCCAAAUGCAGCCAUGCAUUCCACUUGGAUUGCAUCGAUAUAUGGCUUCAAAGCAAUGCAAAUUGCCCUCUUUGCAGAUCAAGCAUUUCAGGCACAAACAGGUAUCGGAUUGAUCAUAUUAUUGCACCAAGCUCUUCACCACAAAAUUCUCAACUCUUAUCCAAUAGCAUCAUGAGUAGUGAUGAAGACUUUGUGGUAAUUGAAUUGGGGGGAGAAGAUGAAGUUGCAUUACCACAAAGGCAACAAGAAAGAAAUGAUUCACUAGAAGUUCCAGGGCAGCCCAGGAAUAAUUCACCAAGGAAGUUGGAAAAGAAGCCUGGAAACUUAAAACCAAGAAAGUUCCACCAUGUUUUGAUCAUGGGAGAUGAGUGCAUUGAUACAAGAAAGAAAGAUGAUCAAUUUUCUAUUCAACCCAUCAGAAGAUCUUUCUCAAUGGAUUCUGCAGCUGAUCAACAGCUGUACUUAACUGUUCAAGAAAUCACUCUACGAAAUAGGGAUCACAGUCAUGAGGAUGGUACAAGCGAAGCUUACGACAGCAGAGGUCGAAGAUCAUUCUUCCCAUUUAGACAUGGCCGUGGAUCCAGAAAAGCAAUUCUUCCCAUUGAGUCCGAGCUUUAAUGUGAGAUUCGUUUUUUUUUUAUUAUUUGUAUCACUUUCGGGUUUCAUUUUUUGUUUUGGAGUGGAGUUACUUGAAGUUUUAACGGUCAAUUGGAUGUUCACACAAGGAUAAUAGACGAGUGCAAGAGAGACUCAAGAUGAAUAUCAUAUAAUACAAAAACGACACAAAUUAGACAAAGUCUGGACUGCUGAAGGGUAGUAAGCAUGGGCUAGAGAAUGAUUGCUUUCUUUUUCCUUUCUCGAAUGAAAAUGACUGUUGUAAUUCUCCCAUUAAUGGAAGCCAGGGUAGAGGGGACCCACUGGAAUGAAUAACCAUAAG